AGGUGCAAUUAUUUCAUCCAAAACGACAAGUUCUUCUUGAUAGUCGUGUUCAUUCAAUACGCGUAAUCAAUACUAAGUCUUAUUCCCCCAACAAACUAAUUUUUAAUAGUACUACUAAUAAACUAUAUCCUUUUGUCUACUCUGAAAUACCUGAGGAAGUUGAGUAUUCACUUACUCCUUGUGACCAAAUGACUAAUAAUGAUAGUCAAUCAAUUGAUCCAUUAUCAGUAACCUCUACUUUACCUCCUGUUAUAUCUGAUGAUACAAGCAUGCCGGAUCCAUCAGUGAUGAUGGAAGAUACCAAUAACAUAUUCAAUGAGCCUGAACAAACAUACUCACUCAAGUGUUUACAAUCAGAAGCUAACCCACCAUAUUUCGUUUUAUUCAAUGAUGGUUUAUUUAUUCGCUUGACAAAACAACUACACUUUCGUUUUUGGCCAGUUGAGUUAAUUUGGAUAAAAAUGGAUGAAAAAAUAAGUGACUCAGAAUUCGAGCUUCACACUCCAGAAGGUAUUUACAAGCUUGAUUCCGCUUUAUGGCAUGCUGUUUUACUGAAAACUAUACACUCUGUAUUUACCAGUCGUGUUGAUAUACAUCGGAGUCCUAGUGAUCCUAACAACCAUGGUGAUAGUUGUAUAGAAUCUAAUUCUCCUCAAGAUCAACGGUGCUGUAUAUACCAUGUGUUUAGAUCUGGUCCACUCGAAGGUUUUGCUUAUUAUGGUUCAUGGUUAAACGGGAAAUUGCACGGUAGUGGUAAAUUAUGUUGGCCUGCGAAAUCAUUGAACUCCUUACAUUCACAUCAAUCAACAAACUCCAUAGAAAAUUAUGGUUCAGAAAUAACAUUCGAUCCUCAGAAUCCAAUUGAUAAUAAUAGUAUUACUAAUAAUAAUGAUAAUGAAGGUAGCUUAUCAAAUGAACUCAUACCUGAUUCAGUUCGUUUAUUUCUUACACUUACUGGUCCUUUGGAUAUUUGUAUGAGAGAUAUUGAAAAUGAAAUCGUUUCAAUUUUUUGUAUUGGAGAAUUCCAAUCAAAUCAACUUAAUGGUCUAGGUGAAUUGUGCAUACAGACAGCCCAAGGUUCUAUUAAUAUUCGUUCUGAGUGGAAAAACAGUCGGCCACAUGGUAUAGGUUCUUUAAGGUAUAUAAAUGGUGAUAUUUACACAGGUUGGUUCGUGAAUGGUGUUCGAGAAGGUCAUGGUUCUCAAGAGUUAUUUGCAGUGAGCAGUACACAAAACAGUAUGAAGUAUGCUAAACGAAAUCGCAGACCAAAUGAUUGGAAUAUAGUCUAUUUAGGACAUUGGCAAGAUGAUAAACAAGAUGGAUUCGGUAUAUCAAAGGAUAUAACAAAUGGUAAUGUGUACAUUGGUCAAUGGCUUAAAAAUUCUACACAUGGUCGUGGAAUAAUGCAUCAGUCCUCUGGGCUAUGUGUGGCUGGAGAAUUUGAAGCCAAUGGUAUAAAUAGGCAAGGUUUAUGUAUUACACCCGAAGGAAAUAUUUACAUUGGAAUGCUUUCUAAAAAUCAACCAAAGGGGAAAGGUAUAUUAAACAUUUUGUCGAGUAAUCUUCUACUGGUCGGUAAAUUCAGUGGUAAUGUUGCUAUUCAUAAAAACAACUACAACAACUCUUUAUUUUACAAUGAUAAUCAUAAUAAUAAUAAUAGGAAGAAGAAGAAUAAAAGUUUACACUUUAAUGGUGAUAUAAUUUAUACUGAUCAAUUCUUUAAAAACAACAGUAGGAUAUCGUCAGGCAGUUAUUAUUAUUCUCAUCAUCAUCAUCAACAUUAUUGUGUACCGAUUUUAGUACAGGAUCGAAUAAAUGGAAAUUGGAAAACAUGUGAUCGAAUUGAAUCGGUAUUAAAUGAAAUGGUAUUAUUAAAUGAAGAUUACAAAUCAUCAAUUAAUCUAACAAAUUCAAGUCCAAUACUACCCGACAUUAACACUAUAUCAUCAUGUCAAGAUUAUGUUGAACUAGCUAUAUUAAUUCUUUCACAUACUGUGCCAUUUCAUUUACGUUGGGAUAGUUUAUUCCAAAAUUGUAUCAUUGAUGCUACAGUUUUAUUACAGUCUAUGUCAUCUUCAAGUUUGACAGACUGUAUCGAGAGUUUAUCAUCAGUAACAUUAUCUACUGAAAAUCCUCCUCAUCUUGUUCAUAAUGAUGACAUCAAAAGUGUUCAUAUUGAUAAUUUAUCAGACCAUAUUGAAUUAUUAGAUGAAUUAGCUUAUUGGUGCCUUCCAUCAUCCUGUUUCGAUGAUGGUGUCGGUGGAAUGGCCUUGAAUUCAAUCGAUGAAUUAUUAUGUAAUUCACUAAGUCAAUUACCUUUACACAAAUCAAUGACAUCUACACUUGAAGAUUCUUCUACCAUUGCAUUAUCAUCACCUUUAUGGUUGAAAUAUUUACGUAUAAUCAGCUCACUAUUAGCUGAAUGCUUUCAACACAUCGUUUGCACUAAUACUAAUAAUGAUAACAAUAAUAAUAAUGAAAAUCUAUUAUUUUUCAAUAAAUCACCACAACUAAUCAAUGUACAACUGAAUAAUUCUUGUCCCCAAAUCAAUUAUGCAACACAUUUGAAUUUGGUCAUUGUUUUAACUGAAUAUGCUCAUCUUGUCAUUAGAUUAGCGUUUACAUUCACGUUAGCUAUACAACACAGGUUGAGAUGUGAGUCCAUUGUUCAAUCGACGACACAUUCAAAUCAUAUUGUUAAUUAUUUAUUUCAGAUUUGUGAGCCAAAUAUCAAUGGUGAUUUAUUUACUACCAUUAAUGAAACAUUUAAUAAUUUGAAAAAAAUCGAUGGACAAAUGACACCUGCAAUCGUCGGUGUUGAUCAUCAUCCUCCUACUGAAAAUGAACAAAACAGCAUAUAUGACAACAAUAAACCUGAUUCAAUUAGCAGUAAACAGUUAUUUCUGUGCAAUUUACCAGAAGUUCAAUUAAGUGGAUCUAUUAGUCUAUUUGAAUUGGCCUGUGAUUGUCUCUUACCUAAUAUCUAUUCCACAUUAUUUGAAUUUUUCAAAGCACAGUAUUCUCUAUUAGAUCAAUCCUAUUGGACAUAUCGUCAAGCAUUACAUGAUAAAUCUGAUUCAAUUCUUUAUUCUUACCUUGAAUUAGAUAA